UUUAAUUAAUAAUAACUGCCACGUGAAUUAACCUUCCUGGUAAACAAACCUGAAUGAACAUUUCAAAUUAAAGAAUGAAGUCUGAAAUGCAACACAGCAAAUUACGAGGAAAAGGUGGCUGAGGAAUCUAGGAAGCAGUUGAGUAUAACAGUCCAGCUAGUACAUCACUGCCACUACCAAGCUUAAAGGCUCUUCUGAAAAUUUGAAUGUCUUUUCUAUGUACUGUUUACCAAAAGAAAAAUUUGAUUUAAAUUCCGAUUCAUCUCUGUAUCUAAUUAACAUAUACAAAAAUGACUAGAAGAUCUAUUGAAACAUGCGACUCGUUGAAUUUUUACAAAUAUCUUUGCCAGAGGAUCGGAUCUGAGGAAGACGUGAGAAUAAGGAGACUGGCUUUCGUUAUUCGUGACAUUGGACGAAAUGAUACAUUUAUAACUAGUGGAAGUAAAGGUGAAGGACUCAAUUUAAACGGCAGUGAUUUAGAUCUGAUGAUAAUUGAUCGUUGCGCUCAGGUGUAUGAAUCGGAAGAAGAGGUUGUAAUUAAAGGCAGGGGACUACCGUUCAUGAUGUAUACUGAGGACACACCACCUUGUUUUACACAAUUAUAUCUUCUAACCUAUCAUAAAAAUCAAACACUUAUCACCGUUUCUGUUUCAUUUCUAAAUAUGUUAGAUAUAAAUCAUAGGGGAUAUGCAUUCUCAAGUGAACUUUAUAAGCUAUCUUAUUUGUCAAAUGCAUAUAGGCCCUCAAAAAUUCAUGGACCGUGUAUAUCAGAUGAAUUUGAUCAACCAGAUGUUGCAUUUUGCCUUAAAUGCGACACAUGGAUAUGCCAAGCAAAACCAUGGGUUAGUAGACCUCGUGCAACUUGGCCUUCACCUGAUCUCAUUUCCAAAAUAAUAUCUUGUGGUGUGUUAUUUGUUCCAAUAGGCUACAAAGGAUCAAUACACGAAAACAUUCAAUGGCGAAUUUCAUUUUCAGUUGCGGAAAAAUUUCUUGUAUUUUCCUUUAGCCAUACCCAAUUACUAUGUUAUGCUUUGUUGAAAAUUUUACUGAAGGAAGUAAUUGAGAAACAUGAGGAUUUGAAAGGUUUAUUGUGUUCGUAUUUCUUAAAAACACUAAUGUUUUGGAUUUUAGAAGAAACAGACCCAUGCGCAUGGCGACCAGAUAAUUUGGUACCAUGUUUUAAGGCAUGUCUACAAAGACUGCUCUACUGUGUAAGAUACUCAAUAUUGCCACACUAUUUUAUUCCUGAAUACAAUUUGUUCCUAUUACGAUUCAAUUCUUAUAACCAACAAAUUUUGAUCACCAUACUCAAGAAUUUAUAUGGACAAGGUAUUAAUAGUUUUGCAUUUUCUGAAACCCUACAAGAUUAUCAAAACCAGUGCAACGAAAUCACUGAAUCAUUAUUAAGCAAAAACAUCGGAUGUUCACAAAAUUUUAUGCCAACAUAUAUUCAUAUUCUUAAUUCUGGUAAAGUUGGACGUUUUUCAAGACUGUUGUAUAAAUGUCUUCACCACUUGCCAACUCGGAUAUCGAAGGGGUUAUUCGCUUUACAAAUAUCAGCCGCAUUUAAAGUUGUUCCCACAACAACACACCAAUCAUACAGUUCAACAAACAAACACCGUUACUUAAUUUACAAAAAUGAUCUUAGUCAUUUACUAAUCGGUUUACAUUCAGAUGCAAUAACUGGACUGUUGAUGUUAGCUUCUUUCUUCUAUGUUGCUGGAAAUUACUUAGCCACAUUAACUGUAUUAACAUAUACAACGGGGAAAUUCACAGAUGACACAAUCUAUCUUAGAGUUUUGAUUAAUAGCUGCUACCUUCCAGAUAAUAUCAAACAGCAUGUUGUGAAACUGAUGAAUAAAGAAUCACUUCCUACAAUUUUAAGAUUAUUGACAACUCGGUGCUUUGAAAUUGACCAUAAAUCCGCAAUAGCUCCAAAAGAAUUACAAGAAGAUGUUUCACGCGACUGUACUAUUUUUCACCCGUUACCUUAUGUACAUUUCCUCCGCUUCUUGUGUUGCUACCAUCUACAUGACAUUAUAUCGAGCAGAGAGUCCUUAAAACAACUCGAGCUGGUUAAUAGGACAAUUUUAGAAAGUUGUUCUUUUGUUUCAUAUCCUGAUUCGUUGAAUACUGUCAUUAUGUGUGGCAUAGCUUACCAGUUAUUAGGUGAUAUACACACUGCUAGACGUGCUUUUCAAGAAAUAGCUGCGCAUGAUAAGAACAAUGAAACCAGUGCAGCAUCAAGGCUGAAAAGUCUGUUCUAAUAAAA